AUGUCAUCCACACCAUCCACUAGUGGCCAUUCAAAAUCUCUUAGACUUGCUGGCGAGGACAUCUGGAAGAAUAAGACCGAGAAAGUCAAUGGCGAACUGUUCACGCUAAUGUAUGGGGCAAUUGUCUCGCAAUUGUGCAAGGAUUAUCAACGAUGUUUCCCAAAGGUAAAUGACCAGUUGUAUACGAUGGGCUACAACAUUGGAGUGAGGCUGAUCGAAGACUUUCUGGCUAGAACGGCGCUGCCACGCUGUGAAAAUAUGGUAAGGACUAGCGAAGUAAUCAGCAAAUGUGCUUUUAAGAUCUUUUUGAACAUCACUCCUCAAGUUGCAAAUUGGUCGGCUGACAAGAUCGCAUUUUCGCUAGUGCUGGUUGAAAAUCCAUUGAGCGACUUUGUUGAGCUUCCCAUGGAUGCGAUGAAGCAACUGUGGUACUCUAAUGUGUUGUGUGGAGUUCUCAAGGGUGCACUUGAGAUGGUGCAACUUGAUUGUGAUGUAUGGUUUAUCUCGGAUGUAUUAAAAGGCGACCCACAGACAGAGAUUAGGGUGAAACUGAAUAAAGUUCUUAAGGACGAGAUUCCUAUUGGUGAGGAUUAG